CGGAAGAUCCUGUGCUCCCAGCGAAUCCGCCUCUGCGACGCAGACGAGCCUGUUCGGUUAGUCUUCUCCCCCUCUGCUUGGUGAGCACCGCGUUCCGCGGCCUGGCGCGGGAAGCGUUGUAGGCACGACGGGAUUGCGCCUGUCGGAUUCUCCCAGAUGUCAGCCUCAGUACCUCAAGGCCAUACCUGGGCCCGGCAGGUGAAGAAGGAAGAUGAGGAAGAGGACCCGCUGGACCAGCUGAUCUCCCGCUCUGGCUGUGCUGCCUCCCACUUUGCAGUGCAGGAAUGCAUGGCCCAGCACCAGGACUGGCGGCAGUGCCAGGCACAGGUGCAGGCAUUCAAAGAUUGCAUGAGUGAACAGCAGGCAAAGCGGCGGGAGGAGCUACAGAGGAGGAAAGAGCAAGCAAGUGCCCAUCCCUGAGACUCCAGGCUACCUGUCCCCAUGUACAAGGCGAGGGCCAUGUAGAAACUCAGAUAUACCAUGGGAAGAAGAAAUCCUAAAUGAUGGACAUAUGAGCCAGGAGGUAUAAAACUUGGGGAUAGUCUUUGGAAUUGGGAUUUUGAAAGCCAUGGGUUUGGGUAGGAUUGUCACAAAGAGCUGUAUGGUCAGAUCUCAUACAUCCUCACCCAUUUUGUUCCACCAUUAUUUUGCAAGUAAAACAGAGUGGGUUAGGGGAUGUGCCUGUCUCAGUACUUGGUACUAAUGUGAUUACAGGGACAUUUUAAUUUAAAAGUAAAUUCACAAUCUAAAGGUAAAUUGGUUACCUACUUAGAUCUUCAUUUAUUCACUCAUGGGAUCAACAACAGCAAGAAUUUCUGAAGCAUUGUGUUGGAAACUGAUGUGAUGAAUAUUGUGAUGUGACCUGCAUUUAUGUUAGUUAGUGUCUAGUUUGAGAGAUAGUAAUAAAGCAACACUGGAACAACUAGUUCCUGACAAUGGUAUAAGAGUUUUUAUCAUUUAUCACUUGCUCUGGAUGUUUCAUUUAGUUU